AUUUAGUGAAGGCCUAGAAUAGGAUACAUUUUUUUUUCUGCCUUGGAGUUGAAAUCCUUGCUGACUUUCUUUCGAUAGGAUCAAUGUGAAAGUUUCUUUGAAGAAGAAUAAAGAGUGCGGUCAUAUUGGUAAAUGUAUUUACGUCUUGCGGAGUUGAGUAUAAUAAACUGAUGCAACAGAACGAUCCUAGGUAUCACGUUCAAAGACCGCAUCACAAACCAAGAGUUUAGAGACAGAGUUACUGCAGCGACUGGACCCCACGAUGACCUGCUAACUAUCGAAAAAAAAGCAAGUUAAAAAUCUAUGGCUAUAUUACAAGAUCCUUGGGGCUCGCUAAGACGUUCCUUCAUGGAACAGUACCAAGAAAAAAAGAAGAAGAGGCAGACAAAGAAAUCGAUGGGAGGACAACAUAAAAGAAUGGACUGGCAAACCAUUGAAAGAGCUUCUAACUAAGGCAAAAGAUACAGAGGAUAGGAGAAAAACGGUUGACGAAUCUUAGAUGGUGCUCAACGGCCCAACAGACUAAGGAAUGGCUAAAAAGAUUGUUUAUUAAGUGUCUCGUCUUCUCCAUCAACUAUAGACGUUGGUCUCACUAACUCACUGGAUGUUCUAUGUUCCUAUACUCGCACUAAAGGACAGUCCCUUGAAGCCCUUGUCGCCCUGAGUAUCUCUCGUUCAAUGAACGCAACGGACUUUCAAGAGUUGGCUCUGAUCAAUGUUUUCACAGGAAACAUUGUGACUUUGUUUACCACUGAAGCUGUCACAGGAACCGGUCGUGUAGACACCUAUGGAGACUCAUUUAUAAAUCUCCACUGGGACUACCCAACAAUGUCUGCGGUUGGGACUUACCAGUGCACUGCUCACGGGUCAGAUACCAUUGGACACGACAUUCUCAUCAACAACCUUACCAGUGUGGACUACACUAAACCAGACCAGGAUGUCCUACUGAAUAAGAUUCAUGAAAUGGACAACGCAUUGAAAGCUCUCCAGAACAAGAUGGAUGAGCUGAGAAACUACAGUGCGGUUGUAACCACACUGCUCAGAGAAAACGCACAUUUGAAAGAGUGCUGCAAUGCCAACUCCAGAAAAGUUGACGUCUUGUUACACAGUGUCUUUGCACACGUAGUCAACAACAGCUAUUUUCUAUCCAAGGAGAACUCAAGUAACAUCACUGAAGCAGCGGCUGUGUGUAACAGAUAUGACGGAUAUCUUGUGGAGAUCACUUCAGCUGAACAAUAUCACGUGAUCAGAGAUUUUUUACUCUUGAAUUCCACGAACGCUUUGGGCAUUUUCCUUGGAGCUAGAAAAUACGGUAACACCUGGCGUUAUAGCCACAGUUUCAGGAAUGUCAGCUACUUCAACUGGGAUUAUGGUGAGCCCAAUCCACUGACAAAUUAUGACUGUAUGUAUUUACAAUAUAGGUCCAACUUAAAGAUGUUCAGUUUCCCUUGUACAUCUAGUUUCUAUCAGUUUUAUGCUUUGUGUGAAUUUCCAAUGUUUUCUUCAGAUUCACUUAACGUUUAAUUAAAAAAAAAAAAAACCUUUA